GUGUGUGUGUUUUAUGAAAUGAGGGAAUUUAAAAUGAUGUUGUGUUUGGAUAACAAAUUUAAAUCGGUAAAAGGGACUUGGAUGUAAAUAAAACUGAGAGAAUUGAAUUUUAAAUUAAUUUGAAAAUGGGUAAACAAACAUUUUUGAGAAAAUAGAUCUACAUGUCCAUCGUAUUUCUUUUGGUUUGAUUUGAAUUAUAAUCUUCAAUCAAAUCAUGUCAACAUGUUUGAAACAUAUACAAUACUAAGAGAGUUCGAAAAUUAAGUGGUGUUUGUUUGUUUUCAGUGGAAAAUAUUUGUCAGAUUGUGUCCGAAGGAAAAAAAUAUAAAUAUUGAAAUUAUUUAGGAAAUUUUUCUUUGAAAAGUUUGACAAACAUGGACUUAUUUUGUUACAAGUCUAUCAUAUUCCUUAGAUGUGUUAGUAUGAACUAAUUCUACCCGAUCGUAUAUUGAACCUAAGCAAUCUCAACUCUUUCUUUAGAACUUAAAGACCUAAGACUGCGCUUGGAUUGAAGGAUUCGAAAUGAAUCCAAAUUUGGAAUGAUUUGAAAUGAUUCCAAAUGUGAAAUAAUUUGAAAUCCGGGUAAUUGCUUAAAAAACUACUAAAUAUGAGAGCUAUGGAUUUGAAAUCUCUUGUUAAAUAACUCAAUCCAAACAACCUCCAUGAACCUUUUUUUGGAACCAAAAGCCCAUACAACUUUUGGAGGUUAGGCUAAGACCCUCCACUUGUUCAGAUGUAACUGAUAACUUUUAUUAGUAGCAAACAAACAACACCCUUGCACCAAAAAGGCGAAUUCCCUCGCCCCCAGGGCCCCCAUCCCUUGGCCCGACAAGGAUUGAUGGAGAAAUGUAAAUCAUGGUAACUCAACGGCCUGUUAAGGUAGCGGACCCGGACCUGGUGCCCACAAUGAACCAAUCCUUCUUCUUAGGGAAAGAUGAUAACGUUUAUUAGGCAAUAGUCGCCAAGUCAGACGGAAGGAUUCGGGUAUUGGGGUUAGCAUUUAAUACAUUGUGUUCUCCGUCUUAGUAUCAUCAUGUAAACUUUGAAGGAGGUUUCGAAUGCCUCCUGUGCUAAAUUUAAUCAAUGAAAUUAGAAACGAUAUAUAAAUAAUUUUACUGAAAGUAUGUAUGUAUGUAUGAAUGAGUGAGUGCUGAAUAUCUUUCUUUUCUGCUUUGUAUUUAAUUUGAUGACAAAUUUCUUGUUAGGUGUGUCGGGGGAGCAGUUGUUUUUAGGUGUUAAAAUGCUGGACAAGGCAAGUAUGGAAUCCUCUUACUCCAUGUCGGGGGAGCAGUUGGCAGAUUACGAUGCACACAACACUAACAGUACUACACUGGAGGACUUGCAACCUUGUCUUGAAAUUGAAGACUCGUUUUUCGUUAAUUUAGAGAAUCAGCUGGUGCAACAAGCAGCUAACACCUUGUCGAGGAUAAAGGAUUUCAAGUCCACGUUAGAUUCUCUGCAAAGAAACGUGGAGUCGUUGAUUGCUAAAGCCUCAGCUGUUCAACGGGAAAUCAAGAUUCCAAUAUUAUGGCGUAGGAAGAAUACGGGACAAUGCAAGGUCACUGCUUUUCUUGAGGACGACGGUCAUGCAUGGAAGAAAUUUGGACAAAAAACCGUCCUUGGUUCCAAACACCCCAGAAACUACUUCAGGUGUGCCCGCAGAUAUGUUGAAGGAUGCCUAGCUACGAAACAAGUGCAAAAGAUUCAAGAUGAUCCACCUCUUUUCAGGAUAACAUGCUUUGGUCAACACUCAUGCAACGAUUUUCUCAAGUCAUCCGAUCAAAUAAACAUGGAUGUUGUUGCCGCAACACCGGAGGAUUCUUCUUCCGUCAUCAUAGACGCUGCCGCAACAAUAGAUGACACACUUUUUUCAUUCAUCAACUCUUUUGAUGAUGAUAAAGAGAAAUCUUCUUCACCACCACCACCGCCACUGUCAUCUCACGAUUUGGAUAGCACAAUCACUUCCGGUGACUCGUCUGUUACAGUUGCGAAUUGGUUGGUGGAGGUACAGAAACUCGAAACUGAAUUUCUUGAACUGGACAACGAAGUGAAGUCUCAAGGAUUAGAGGAAAAUAUGGAAAAUAUUGAACAACUGAAUCAAAGAGUAGAAACACUUGUUGAGGAAAGUACACAUUUUAGUGAAGUUCUAGUCGAUGCAUAUAGAAAAGUUAAUGUAAUUGAGAAACCAACGAAGAAUGCAGAGCUGUCAGUUCACAAGAAAAGAAGAAUACUACUUGAAGAUGCAAAAGUAAGUGAAGGUGGACUUCUUAGCUUGGAGAAUAAAGCAGGGUCAGAAGGAUCUGUUUGCAACCAGCCUAAUAAUCUAACUUGAAUAAGUAUUUGACUUUACCUACUUAAUUUGAAAUUAAUAUGUAAUAGUUGGGCUAGAAUUAUGGGACGAUCUUAAAAGACUAUAAUCAUGUAAAUCGAACGUAUCCAUAUCUUCUCUAUCAACAUUUAUGUAUAUUUCUUCAUC